CAUAUAUCCUUGUCUCUGUGUCUCUCCCUCUCUAACUCUUUUUAACUCUCUGUGUGUGGUUUCUGUUAGUGGAACCGUUCUACUUUUUUUUUUUUCUUUUUUAAUUUUUAAAUUGGUGUAUAGCAGAAAGUCUUGAGCUUUUCAUGUUCUAUACGAAGAAAAAAGUGUUUCCUGACUUGGGUCAGUGUUUUUUGUUUGUUUUGUUGGCUUUCACUGACUCGCAAAACCAGACAAGGUAUGUUCACAUUCCAUCUUGACACUGCAAAACCUUCAUUAGACCUUAAAUACCGAGUUGUUUUCUCAAUAACAGUUUUCUAUUUGUUGGGUUCUCACUGACAAACAGCAAUACAAUAACUCCACAAAUUUUGUAGCAAAACUAGUAGUUUAAGCGAGCUAUUAGACCCGACUGUUUUUUUUUUUUUUACAUUAAACCCCAAAAUCAUUUUGCAUAUUGAUUUAAUGGAGUUGCAGAGCCUGAAAGUAUUGUCUGAGACGGGGGCCCAUGAGCAUUUAGUUUUCUAAAGCAUUAGGAGAGAAGAUUUUAAAGUGGGAUUGGGGUUUUUGGUUUAAUUUUGUUGUUCUGUUGUUUGUUUAAGGCACUGAUUCCAAAUGGGUUUUGGUUUCUUUGGUUCUAUUUUGGUUUUUUCAAUGUUCUUCAAGCUUUUACCUUGUCAACAACCCAAUACAGAUGCUUUCUUUGUAUCUGAGUUUUUGAAAAAGAUGGGUUUCUCCUCUUCCUCAGUCUACAACUUCUCUGCUCCAGUUUGUUCAUGGCCGGUGGUGUAUUGUGAUGGUCAAGGAAAUGUUAUUGAGUUAGUAGCUUCUGGUUAUGGCCUUUCUGGUUCUAUUCCUGAUACCACCAUUGGCAAGUUAACGAAGCUUCAAAUUUUAGAUAUUAGCAACAACAAAAUCACUGCUUUGCCUUCGGAUUUGUGGAGUUUGGGCACUCUCAAAACCCUAAAUCUCUCUCUAAACCAGAUUUCUGGUCCCCUCACCAACAACAUUGGCAAUUUCGGACAGCUUGAAACAUUUGAUCUAUCAUGCAAUAAUUUCAGUGGUGAAAUUCCUGCAGCAAUAAGUUCACUUUCUAGGUUGAAAAUUCUAAAGAUGGAUCAAAAUGGGUUUCAAGGGAGUGUUCCAUUGGAAAUUCUAAACUGCCGUUCACUGACUCUCAUUGAUCUUUCCUUGAAUAAGCUUGAUGGUUCCUUACCAGAUGGUUUUGGUGCUGCAUUUCCUAAGCUAAAAACCUUAAAUCUUGCAAGAAAUGGUAUUAAAGGGAGGGAUUCAGAUUUUUCAGAAAUGAAAUCCCUUACUAGUCUCAAUAUCUCUGGGAAUCUGUUUCAUGGUUCUGUUAUGGGGGUGUUUUUGGAAAUGUUGGAGGUGAUGGACCUGAGCAAGAACCAGUUUCAAGGCCACGUUUCUCAGGUACAAUUCAAUUCUAACUAUAAUUGGUCUCACUUGAUGUAUUUGGACUUAUCAGAGAAUCAACUUAGUGGUGAUAUUUUCCCUAAUUUGAAUCAAGCUCAGAAUCUCAAAUACCUUAAUCUUGCAUUCAAUAGAUUUUCCAGGCAGGAAUUUCCAAGAAUUGAUAUGCUUUGGAAAUUAGAAUAUUUAAAUUUGUCUAAAAUUAGUCUCAUUGGCAAUAUUCCUAGUGAAGUUGCACAAUUGAGUAAGUUGCAUUCACUUGAUUUAUCUGAUAAUCAUCUUAGUGGCCAAAUUCCUUUAUUACCUAUCAAAAGCCUCCAAGUUGUUGAUGUUUCACAUAACAAUUUGAGUGGAGAAAUCCCAUUGUCCCUUCUAGAAAAACUCCAAUUUAUGCAAAGUUUCAACUUUUCCUACAACAACUUAACCCUUUGUGCUUCUGAAUUUUCCCCUGAAACCCUCCAAACACACUUCUAUGGAUCAUUAAACAGUUGCCCAAUUGCUGCAAAUCCAGCCCUGUUCAGAAGAAAGGCUACAAAACACAAGGGAUUAAAACUUGCUCUUGCCUUAACUCUCUCGAUGGUUUGCUUGCUCGCUGGGCUGCUAUUUCUAGCUAUUGGUUGCAGGAGGAAAUCUAGUAGGUGGGCAGUGAAACAAAACUCAUAUAAAGAAGAACAAAAUAUUUCAGGCCCAUUUUCAUUCCAGACUGAUUCAACAACGUGGAUUGCUGAUGUUAAGCAAGCAAAUUCAGUCCCUGUAGUGAUUUUUGAGAAGCCAUUAUUGAAUAUCACUUUUGCUGACCUCUUAUCUGCAACUUCAAGUUUUGACCGAGGCACCCUUUUGGCCGAAGGGAAAUUUGGACCUGUUUACAGAGGAUUUCUACCUGGUGGAAUUCAUGUAGCUGUAAAAGUUUUAGUUCAUGGGUCUACAUUAACAGACGAGGAAGCUGCAAGAGAGCUUGAGUAUCUUGGACGAAUUAAGCAUCCGAAUCUUGUUCCAUUGACCGGGUAUUGCAUAGCUGGAGAUCAAAGAAUUGCAAUCUAUGAUUAUAUGGAGAAUGGGAACUUGCAGAAUUUACUUCAUGACUUGCCCCUUGGUGUCCAAACUACUGAAGAUUGGAGUACAGACACAUGGGAAGAAGAUGAUAAUAAUGGCAUUAAAAAUGUUGGCUCUGAAGGGUUACUAACAACUUGGAGAUUCCGGCACAAAAUUGCACUUGGCACUGCUCGUGCGUUAGCAUUUCUCCAUCAUGGUUGCUCACCUCCACUUACUCAUAGAGAUGUCAAAGCUAGUAGUGUUUACCUGGAUUACAAUCUGGAACCAAGAUUAUCUGAUUUUGGACUGGCCAAGGUCUUUGGCAAUGGUUUAGAUGAGGAGGUUGCUCGUGGCUUGCCUGGUUAUGUUCCUCCAGAGUUUUCUGAUCCAGAUAACAAUGUCCCAACACCAAAGUCUGAUGUCUAUUGCUUUGGAAUUGUUUUGUUUGAGCUAAUUACCGGAAAAAAGCCAGUUGGAGAUGAUUAUCCCGAAGCGAAAGAAGGAACUUUAGUGAGUUGGGUUAGGGGAAUGAUAAGGAAGAGCCAAGGAUCAAGAACUAUUGAUCCAAAAAUUCGUGACACUGGACCGGAACAUGAAAUGGAGGAGUCUCUCAAGAUUGGUUAUCUUUGCACAGCAGACAUUCCCUCGAAACGACCAAGCAUGCAGCAGAUAGUUGGUCUUCUUAAAGAUAUUGAACCGGCACUAGUUCAUCAAUGAUAAGCAUAAAUAUAAUGAAAUGCAAGCUAAAUUAAUUAUAUCAUAUGCCUUCUUUUUUGAUGUAUUUUUUGCUGUUCUUUGUAUUGAGUUCUUUCUGUGCUGCCAUUGAGAGGGAUUGAUUGUACAGUAGUACUUGAAGAUCUGUUUUUGACAUUUACCUUUUCUUUUAUUGGCAGCGUAGAAGUUUAAUUUAUACACAUGGAGAGAGUUUAAUCGUUGAAAGCCAGUUCUCUUCUCCAAGUAUCCAUAUAAUAUCAGUAUUAUCCCAUUUAGCUCUGUCUUUGUAUUAAUAGCAGGAUUUUGAGACAUGUAUGAAGCUUUCAGCUAUAGGAUGUGUGUUUUUCCUCUGAAGCAUUGGAGCAAAAGCCAAAAAGGUUCAUUAUUUAUUGUCA